GGGCGGGGCGCUGGCCUGGUUUCUUGGCUACGCGCUUCUCCAGCAGGCUACUUCCUGGGCUGAUUUUUCUCUCUCUUCCUGACGCGUGAGCUGGCAGUUAUGCCUUGGCUACUCUCAACUUUCAAGCUGAUUCCCGCCGUCCCAAGCGCACGCGGUUUCUCAGGAUGCAUGUCGUGUUUACAGCGAAGGUACUCCCUUCAGCCCAUGCCUGAGAGGAGGGUUCCACACCGGUACUUGGGCCAGCCCAGCCCUUUCACACACCCUCAUCUCCUCAGACCAGGGGAGGUGACACCAGGACUAUCUCAGGUGGAAUAUGCACUUCGCAGACACAAACUAAUGUCUCUGAUCCACAAAGAAGUUCACGGGCAAAGCGGGACAGACCAGACAGUGGUUGUGCUCUCCAACCCUACCUACUACAUGAGCAACGAUAUCCCCUACCCUUUCCACCAGGACAACAAUUUCCUGUACCUGUGUGGAUUCCAAGAGCCUGAUAGCAUUCUGGUCCUUCAGAGCCUCCCCGGCAAGCAGAUGCCUUCACAUAAAGCCAUACUUUUUGUGCCCCGGAGAGAUGCCAGUCGGGAGCUGUGGGAUGGUCCACGAUCUGGCACAGAUGGAGCCGUGGCUCUAACUGGAGUGGAUGAAGCCUAUCCACUGGAAGAAUUCCAGCAUCUGCUACCCAGAAUGAAAGCUGAGACAAGCACAGUGUGGUAUGACUGGAUGAAGCCUCCACAUGCACAGCUUCACUCUGACUACAUGCAGCACCUGACUGAGGCCAAGGCCAGGACUAAGAACAAGGUUCGGGGGCUCCAGCACUUGAUCCAGCACCUGCGGCUCAUCAAAUCUCCUGCAGAAAUUGAGAGAAUGCAGAUUGCUGGCAAGCUGACCUCACAGGCUUUCAUAGAGACCAUGUUUGCCAGCAAAGCCCCCACGGAGGAAGCCUUCCUCUAUGCUAAGUUUGAAUUUGAAUGCCGGGCACGUGGGGCGGACAUCUUGGCCUAUCCACCUGUGGUUGCUGGUGGGAACCGGUCGAACACUUUGCACUAUGUGAAGAAUAAUCAGCUCAUCAAGGAUGGGGAGAUGGUGCUCCUGGACGGAGGCUGUGAGUCUUCCUGCUACGUGAGCGACAUCACACGGACCUGGCCUGUCAACGGCAGGUUCACCGCACCUCAGGCAGAACUCUACGAAGCAGUCCUGGAAGUCCAGAGGGCUUGUCUGGCCCUCUGCUCCCCAGGGACGAGCCUGGAGAACAUCUACAGCGUGAUGCUGACCCUGACCGGACAGAAGCUCCGAGAGCUGGGGAUCAUACGGAGCAGCAAGGAAGACUGUGCCUUCAAGGCUGCUAGGAAAUACUGCCCUCACCACGUGGGCCAUUAUCUUGGGAUGGAUGUCCACGACACCCCAGACAUGUCUCGCUCCCUUCCACUGCAGCCUGGAAUGGUGAUCACCAUUGAGCCAGGCAUUUAUGUCCCGGAAGAUGACAGCGACGCUCCAGAGAAGUUUCGGGGUCUCGGGGUGCGAAUUGAGGACGACGUAGUAGUGACACAGCACUCGACUCUCAUCCUCUCUGCAGAGUGUCCCAGAGAUCUGAAGGACAUCGAGCAGAUCUGCAACAGGGCACCCUGACCCCACUUCGGCCCACACGCUUCUUGGGAUCAGGACAGGGUCCUGGCGACGUGAGCAUAUCCUGAGCCUCUCCAUGGGUCUCUGUCUCUUCGCUUGCAAGGCCAGGGAUGUGUGGAUGUGCAAAAUCGUGUGUACGGGCUUUUCUAAGUAGAUGGAAAUCUGGAAAAAUGGAUUUUGGAAUGGUUUGUUACUACAGCUUUAGUAACAUUAAUUCUAUAGUUUUGUUUGUUUGUUUGUUUGUUUUGCAGACCAGGGCUUGAACUCAGGACCUUGUGGUUGCGAGGCAGGUGUGGUGCCACUGAGCUAAAUCCCCAGCCCUUAUAGUUUAAAUUGUUAAACAUAAUUUAAGGUCUUGCUAUAUAUGUCCAUGCAUUCCAGUGAAUACAGUUAAACAUACAGAAAACUCUCUUUCCUCUUUGUUCCCUUCCCCUCUUACAUUUUCAUUGAGGUCCACCUGAUAACAUUUAGAUAUUUGCAUGCUGCCUGAAUUCUGAGCUAGUCACCAGGUCUGCCUGUGCAGAGGGCUACUUGUCAGUGAUUUGAGAGGGGCCAUACCUACCUUUCCUAGCUCCUGCCUUCCUCUUCCAGAGCCUCAGGAGCCCUUGGGGUCUCCCUUCAGCCGCAGACCUGAUUCCAGCAACAAGUCUUGAACAAAAUAGUUUUGAGCCUUUCAUGCCACUUGGUUGCCGGGGCUUGAAGUAUUUAACUUCUUCAUAAGGAAGAAAAUAGAAGAGAAAGCGAAGUACGUAUGUGUCCACCUGAGAUCCAGAUCUCUAGCUGUCUUAUUCUCUUCAGUUUAAAGAUGAUUCCUUUCCCAGGCAAACACACUUGCUUCAUAGGUUCAGGUUUUUUCUUUGGAGAUGGAGGUCUCAACAUGUUGCCCAGGGUGUUCUCAAACUCGUACGCUCGAGUGAUCCUCCUACUUGAGCCUCCCAGGUAGCUGGG